AUGGACGUCAUCCGAGGGCCGGAGCUCCGAGAUAGAGGAUACGGGGGUAUCUGGGGGGUGGGCAAGGCUGCAGUCAAUCAGCCUGCCCUUGCAAUUCUUUCAUAUGAUCCUGAAGGAGCGUCGCAAACAGUAUGUCUCGUCGGCAAGGGCGUCAUGUAUGACACCGGUGGUCUCUCCCUCAAGAUAUCCGGAAGCAUGGUGGGAAUGAAAGCAGACAUGGCAGGCGCUGCGGGUCUCUUGGGAGCUUUCUAUGGACUUGUCGAGUCGAAAGUCAACAAGAGAAUUCACCUCGUUCUCUGCUUGGCUGAGAAUGCUAUUGGACCGAAUGCCCUUCGCAACGAUGACAUCCUGCGAAUGUAUUCGGGCCUGUGUGUGGAGAUCAACAACACGGAUGCCGAAGGUCGACUUCUUCUUGCAGAUGGCGUAGCCCAUGCCUGCAAGCACCUUUCUCCCGACAUUUUGAUCGACAUGGCAACCCUCACUGGAGCACAGCUCAUAUCGACAGGAAAGAAGCACGCUGCGCUUGUCUGCAACUCAGAGGAGCUAGAGAAUCGAGCAAUCAUGGCUGGCAAGAAAAGUGGCGAUCUAUGUCAUCCUUUGCCUUUCUGCCCAGAGAUUUUUAAGGACGAGUUCAAGUCCAAGGUUGCCGACAUGAAGAACAGCGUGAAGGACCGAUCCAACGCCCAGAGCUCUUGCGCAGGAAUCUUCAUCCACCAGCAUCUGCCGAAGGAUUUCAAGGGCGAAUGGCUGCACGUAGACAUGGCGGGGCCGGCGUUUGUGGAUGAACGAGGAACAGGAUACGGCGUUGGCCUCGUCAUGGCGCUUCUCGACGCUCCUGCCUUUGUCUAGCUUAUUUUCUGGCUUUACAUUUCUCUCAAAUCUCGUCAAUCCCGCAUUAAUUCAGUACAAAGAUGUGAUUUGC